AUGGCAAAAUUGAAAGAAGGCUUAUUUACAGAAUUCGAAAUGAAAGAUCUAGGAAGACUUAAAUACUUACUUGGCAUUGAAGUAUUAAGGUCAAGACAGGGUAUCUUCAUUUAUCAGAAGAAAUAUAUUCUGGAUUUAUUGGCGGAAAUUGGGAUGCUUGAUUGCAAACAAGUUGAAACUCCCAUGAAGACAAACCAAAAACUUUACAUGGAGGAAGGAGCGGAGUUGGCUGACAAGAACAGAUACCAGCGAAUAGUGGGGAAGCUAAUAUAUCUUUCGCACAUCCGUCCAGAUAUAGCAUAUGCAGUAGGAGAAAUAAGCCAACUCAUGCACCAGCCACAAGUUACUCAUAUGGAGGCAGCCUUAAGGAUUAUAAGAUAUCUCAAAGGAACUGUUGGUCAUGGGGUACUCUUCAAAUCAAAUGGCCAUUUAAACACUCAAGUGUUUACUGAUGUGAUCGGGCAGGAGAUUAAGGAAACCAGAGAUCCACGUCAGGUUACUUCACUCUGGUUGGUGGUAAUCUUGUCACUUGAAGGUGGAGACAAGCAAGAUCAUGUGUGA